UUCGUCCGCUUCGCAAAUAUUGAGGAGGACACGCCGUCCUACCACCGUCGGUACGAUUUCUUCGUGUCCAAAUUCAGCGCCAUGUGUCACAGCAACCACAGCGACAAGACUAUGCGUGACAAGAUACGCUUAGCUGGCAUUCAGGGACUGCAGGGUGUAAUUAGAAAAACAGUUGCCGACGAUCUGGUGGAGAACAUCUGGGAAGCCGAACACAUGGACAAGAUUGUACCAUCGCUGCUUUAUAACAUGCAGUCCGCAGAAAAAUAUGAAACAGUGUCCUGCAUGGACACAGACACUCGAGACGGAGUCGAAGAGGACCCUCCGAAGUUGGCAGAAGCAUGUUUGCGAGAGCUCGUGGGUAGAGCAUCGUUUGGACAUAUACGCAGCGUGCUGGGACCUGUUCUUACUCAUUUCGACCGACACGAAUUGUGGGUGCCGAACGACUUCGCUGUUCACACUUUCAAGAUCAUCAUGUUCUCUAUUCAGGCGCAGUACUCGUACAGCGUGGUGGAGGCGCUGAUGCAGCACCUGGACGCGGCGGGCGCGCCGGGGCCCGACAGCGCGCGCGCCCGCACGCGCGUGCGCGCCGCGCGCGCCGCCGUGCUCAGCAACAUCGUGGCCAUCGCCGCGGGCGACAGCGUGGGACCGUCUGUGCUUGAAAUCAUCAAUAACCUUUUGACGAACUUACGAGCUUCCGUAGCAAGAGAUUCCGAGAAAGAAACCGACGAGAAACUCUACCAAGAAGCGUUGAUAAAUGCGUUAGGCGAGUUCGCAGAUCACUUGCCCGAUUUCCAGAAAAUAGAUAUAAUGAUGUUCAUCGUGAGCAAGAUACCUAGUCAGCGCGGGAAGGUCACCAAGGCCGAUUGCAUGCUGCAGAGUAUAUUACUAAAAUCCCUGCUAAAGGUGGGCACCACGUACAAGACGACGGAGCUGAGCAAGGCCUUCCCCGCGGCCUUCCUGGAGGCGCUGCUGCGGCUGUCCAGCGCCGAGGAGCCCCGCACCAGGGCGCUGCUGCAGCGGAUCCUGCACACCCUGCUGGACCGGCGAGGGAACCGCCACCACGUCUCCACCCCCACGGUGGAGUAUGCGGAGCUCGGGUUAACUGUGGAGAAAUGCUCUCGGCAGGAUUUGAUAUUCAUCAGCAAACACGGUUACGCAAUCUUCAGCUCGUUAUAUGAAGGCCUUCAAUUAGAGUCUAACACAGCGGAGAACAUCGAAUCGAUCUACACGACACUAGCAUUGUUAUUCAUUGAAUUGGCGUCCGAAGAAACUGUGUGCGACAUGCUGCAAGUUAUUAUGGCCAUUCAGCAGUCGUCGCUGGCCAACCCCGUGGUGUCGGUGGCGCAGCAGUGCCAGCUGCAGACCGUGGCCAUCUCGCUGGCGGCGCUCAUCCCGCACGUGUGCAUGCUGCCGAGACUCGCCGACUACAUCGACAAGAUAGUCGAGGCCCGGCGCGAAGACGCCCUGCACUUGCUGCCUCCGUUGCUGGACAGUUACGAGCACGUACCGGCUUCCAAGCUACCCUCCAAGUUACCUUAUUUGAUGAUCGAUCAGAUGGAGAUCUGCGAGACGCUGCAGGCGGCCGGCAUGGAGGCGUCGCGGCUGCAGACGGCGUCGCCGUACGUGGGCGGCGCCGCGGCGCUGACGCAGCGCCACAGCUGGGUCGAAGCCGGAGCAACGGUAGGUCGCGAUAGCCUGGCCGACAUCACGGGGCCCGUCACAGAGCUGGACAGCGCUAACAGCUCCCCGGGAGUGCAACGG